CGUCACUCUCAUUACAUUUGCCCAAAAAUCUCCAUUCCUAACAACAACAACUCUCUCUCUCUCUCUCUCCUUUUAAAAAGGUUUAACUUCAUCCAACAGUCUUGAAGCACUGUAUAGUUUCUCAUAAAUUUCACCACAAUCUUGCACAAUCAUGGCUGUUUUUGCCCUGUGUUUAGUGCUUUUCUUGGUCAUGACUGGUUGUUCAAGUGCCCUCUAUUGCACAUGUAAAGAUGGGGUGGGUGACUCAGCACUGCAGAAGAGCAUAGACUAUGCUUGUGGAGCUGGAGCUGAUUGUACUCCAAUCACUCAAAAUGGUCCUUGUUACCAACCCAACACUGUAAAAGAUCACUGCAACUUUGCUGUUAACAGCUACUUUCAGAAGAAAGGUCAAGUUUCUGGGAGCUGUGAUUUUUCAGGCACUGCAACCCCUAGUCAAAAUCCACCCAGUGGCCAAAGUUCUACAUGUGUUUAUCCUUCAAGUUCCAGCAAUGUAGGAGCCCCAUCAACCACCAACCCAAACAGCACUUCAUCCAAUACACCCUCUAUUACAACUCCAGGCUCUACUAAUAGUCCAACUUUUAGCCUUGGCCCUACAGGCAAUGGUGGCAUCACCAGCACAGACAACAGUGCCAGUGUGACUCUCCAUCAAAGCAUGAACUUGCUUUACUCUUUUACUCUAACCCUUUUGUUUUCAGGUUUUCUAUAUUUGAAAGCCUAAGAAACUGAGAUGGUGGGGUUUGAUGAGUGGGUGAGAUUUUGCCAUGACAGGUUAGGUAGGCAUUGGAUGGAACCUUCUGGACACAACUCCACUAGGGUUGUUUUUUGUUUUCUUCCUCCCAUGUGAAAAAAGACUGGAAUUUGAUUCCUUCUAAGUGUUGAUCUUGCUACUGGUGUGGUAGAACUUGAUGAUCUCUCCCAGAUUUUUCCUUCUGUAUAUCUAUAAGAGAGGCGGCAUUUUUUUUUUUUUUUUUGUAUUUUUGAUGAGAAUUUGCUACUCAUCUACUUCACUUUUUUGUUAUUAACU